AUGGCGAGGACAGGAAAGAUGCAGCAGCGCCGCGGGGGGUUCAGGUCUAAGGCCCGCAAGUUGAUCGCGUUGAGCAUGGGUGGUGUUUUGUUGCUCUCUAGCGGGCUAGCAGCUGCAGAUCAACUGCGUGAAGGUCUUCUGGGUCGGAGUUUGUCCGGAGAAAUCACCAAUGUCGAUCCAUCGAUCGAUAAUGCAGUCGCCACUUGCAGUUUUAGCCCUGCUGCAGCAGGCAGGGCAGCUCCUGCCUCUCUGACGCUGUCACAAACAAGCCUGACCGCUACCUUGGUAUGUACAGGAACACAAAUCGUGACAGUGCCGGAAAACCUGCUGAAUGUUUGUGAUCCAAAGCAAAACGCGGACAACGGCAAAUGCGUGUUUGGCGGCACCAAUCCAGCGGGCAAAGAGGUCAAGCUGACAGAAUUGCUCGGAACAGACCGCCACAUUCAGUGGACAGAGAUCCAACAAGAGCCAAAUAGCGAACGAGGUGCAGGAAGCACAAAAGCGUGGACAUUGCAGCUGGAGGAUGGCGACUUUCCUGUGACCGACAAGAGCUUCCUUGUUGGGUGUCAAGACUCCACUAAGGGUAAGCAGGCAUGCAAGGUCACGGUGAACGUCGAAGCGAGAGCUUCUUCUGUUGCGGAUAGGAACGUCGUCACCUGUGCGUACGGCAAAAAGAGCAACCCUGAGCCUCUGAAGGUUGAGAUGACAACAGAUAACAACACCCUCACUCUUCAGUGUGGUUCCGAGGGUAUUCUUCAUCCGAUUACAUAUAAAACUCGCUACUGCGACCCUGAGGCCGCAAACGUUCAGGAGUGCAACGAGAAGGAUUAUACAGGUAUUCUUCCCAGCUUUGUGGAGAGCUGGUGGACAAAUGUGAACGACGGGAAGAGUUCCGCUACGCUGACAAUCCCAGAGACUGAGUUUCCGGAAUCAGACCAGCAAUUCCGUUUGGGUUGUGUUCCGAAGUCGCCAAAUGCCCCGCCAUCGGGUGACACGAUGAAAACUAGCAAGGGUAACGGCUCACAGACGCAUGCGGCUACGUCGAACUGCAAUGUGAUUGUGACUGUCAGGUCAGGAAGCUCUGCAUCGUCAACUGGUCAAAUGGUAGCUACAGUCUCUGGUGCGGCGGCUUUGUUAGGGCUCCUCGCCGGCUCGUUGUAA